UGAUGGCGGCGGCGUGGAUGGACCCGGUGCGGAUGCCUGUGACCUUCGAUGAUGUGGCCGUGACUUUUACCCAGGAGGAGUGGGGGCAGCUGGACCCAGCCCAGAGGACCCUGUACCAGGAGGUGAUGCUGGAGACCUGUGGGCUCCUGGUCUCUCUGGGCUGUCCUUUGCCCAAACCAGAGCUGUUCUACCCAUUGGAUCAUAGCCCAGAGUUACAGACAUUGAAGAGAGGCCUCUCCCCUGACUCCUGCCCAGGUGACAGUACAAAACCCGGGACCACAGAGCUUUCCCUUUCUCACCUUGCCUUAUCUGAGGAAGUCUCACCACAGGAACAACUGACUCAGCAAGCUCUGGGGGACUCCCAGCUGGGGCAAGGCAAGAAUCAGGAUAGGCCAUCAGAAAUGCUGGAAAGCCAGUUGAAACCAGGGAUAGACCCCCAAACGGAGAAGCUCCCUGGGAACAUGAAGUCUGAACAUGAUGGUUUAGGGACAGGUGAUGGUGUACACUCAAGGACUGUACGGGAGCUGAUCCCUCCAGGACAUGUUCUCCACGAAUAUGACUCACAGGGGCUACUGAAAGAUCCCUUGAUUCAUAAAGGGAAACAUCCCUAUCAGUGUGAGGAAUGCGGGAAAGUGUUUACCAAGAAUUGCUUUCUUGUGCGACAUGAGCAGAUUCACACUGGAGCGAAGCCCUAUGAAUGCACCGAGUGUGGGAAAACUUUCAGCAAGAGCACACACCUCCUCCAGCACCACAUGAUCCACACAGGGGAGAGGCCCUACGAGUGCACAGAGUGUGGGAAGGCCUUCAACCGCAGGUCACACCUCACAAGGCACCAGCGGAUUCACACUGGAGAGAAGCCUUAUAAGUGCAGUGAAUGUGGAAAGGCCUUUACCCACCGCUCCAAUUUAGUCUUGCAUAACAGAAGCCACACUGGAGAAAAACCCUUUGUGUGCAAAGAAUGUGGGAAAGCCUUCCGUGAUAAGACUGGUUUCCUUCGACAUUACAUCAUCCACACAGGAGAGAAGCCCUUUGAGUGCAUAGAGUGUGGGAAGGCCUUCAACCGCAGGUCCCACCUAACAUGGCACCAGCAGAUUCACACUGGAGUGAGACCCUUUGAAUGCAGUGAAUGUGGGAAAGCCUUUUGCGACAGCACGGACCUCAUUCAGCACUACGUCAUCCACACAGGAGAGAAGCCAUACAAGUGCCUCGAGUGUGGGAAGGCCUUCUACCGCAGGUCACACCUCAAGCAGCACCAGAGGAGUCACACUGGGGAGAAGCCCUAUGUGUGCAGCGAGUGUGGAAAGGCCUUCACCCACUGCUCUACCUUCAUCUUGCACAAAAGGGCCCACACUGGAGAAAAACCCUAUGAAUGCAAAGAAUGUGGGAAAGCCUUUAGCAAUCGAUCAGACCUCAUCCGACACUUCAGCAUCCACACUGAGGAGAAGCCCUAUGAGUGCACAGAGUGUGGGAAGGCCUUCAACCGCCGGUCAUACCUCACGAGGCACCAGCGGAUUCACAGUGGAGAGAAGCCCUAUGAAUGCAUGGAGUGUGGGAAAUCCUUUUGCUGGAGCACAAGCCUCAUCCGACACUCCGUUAUCCACACUGGAGAGAAGCCCUAUGAGUGCAGUGAGUGUGGAAAAGCCUUCAGUCGCAGCUCAUCCCUCACUCAGCAUCAGAGGAUUCAUACUGGGAGAAACCCUGUCAGUGUAACAGAAGUGGGAAGACCCUUCACAAAUGGGCAGCCAUCAGUCACCCUCUAA